GUAAUAUUUCUACAAUAAAAAAAACAGGAAAAUACCCUUGAAAUAGUGAACGAUCUCAUUUUCAGAUUACCUUGUCAAAGUAAUACCCGCAACAUUCAAAAAUUUUAAGGAAUGGGGAUUUUCGACAUAGUCCAAGAUGAGGUCCCUGUACGAAAUACGCAGCAAAGCUCAAUUAUAAUCGUACCCGAUCCAGGGUUUUGUGCAAAGUUAAAGUCUAAAAAUCAGGAAAAAGUGUUUGUGAACAUAUGUACCUCUGAUAAAGUCCCAGUUCCGAAGGAUUUAAGUGAAGAGGAAUUAAGAUCAAUCCUUAAUGAUAUUGACAACUCCCCACCCUUCAAAGUCCCAAUGUGCAUAGGAGAACCUCACGCUGAGACUGACUCAGCUCAGAAAGGCUGUACCGCCUAUGAUGUAAUAAUCAACCCACAAUUCUACCAAAAAGUCAAAUCAUCAGAAUUGUUUGAGGCAUUUUUGAUGACAGUGAUAUUCGAAGGCUUGGAAAAUAAGUAUGGCAUCGAACUUGAAAGAAGUUGGAUUGUUUUAAAGAAUAAAAAAUGUAUGGGUAAACUACAAGAACAAUGUAUUCGAACUUCUAGUCGUCCUGCGAUUAUUGAAAUGAAUGAUUCUCAACCACCCAAACCAAAAGUGAUAGAGUUACCUGAUCCACCUUUUAAAGGUGAUACUCCCAAGUAUGAAAUAUUAAAGGUUAAGGAUGAUGUUAGUGGAGAAGUGCGUUGCUUAAUUGCACGAAUAAUCAUGCCAAAGCUGGUGAUGUUUAUAAUUGAGAUACAGUCAAAACACAAUACCUCGUAACCACUUCACUGGUUUUGGUGAUCUAAUUUCUUCAUCUGUGACGAAUUAGUUGAACGAUUUAUUUAAGAAAAAAUUAAGUCUAUUUCAUCUCAAUCCAUAAAAGCUAAUUAAGCGACUCAAUAUGGUAAAAAUAUCAUAAUAAUACAUUAUAUAUAAUGAAUUUUGAGACAUUAAGUAUGAAGAAAUAUUGCUAUAUGAAUCUAAGCGAUACUCUUGUUGUCCAUUACCAUUAUUAUUAUUGUUUAUCUGUAUUCUCUCCCUUUUCUUUUUAAUCAAAAAAUAAGAUUUCUUGGAAAAGACAUUGAUAAUUACUUGAAAGCUGCCUUAUUUUCAUUUUUAUCACUGGAGAAUGUGCUGUCUCUCUUUCUCCUUUCUACUCCUAGCACCUCUUUCCCUCUCUACUCACUUCUUUACACUUUCUAAGGUACAGAUUUGUUUCUUCAUUGUUUAAUUUCUUGCCUUGUCAAUAAAAAUAUGAAACGAAAAAAAUAAUUAAGUGUCCAUAUUUGGGAGAAUCUGUUUUUUCUAUGCUAUUAAGUAAUGUUUGUUCUGUAUUUCUUCCCUGUUCUGUUUAUUCUUAGGCAUUUGAUAACUUUAUCUCUUUUACUCACACAUACACUUAUCCACAUAAUUACAUUAUAUCCCUAUUUUGCUUACAAAUAUUCCAUUGAUUUUUGAUCUUGUUUAAGUAAGCAGUCUUAGUAAUACUGAGUAAUUUCAAC